AUGCCAAAAAUUUAUUGUCUAGCUGAUAUUUGUAUGGUACCAAUUGGAACUGGAUCAGCAAGUGUUUCUGAUUUUGUCACAAUGAUAGAAAAGAAAAUUCGUGAAAGCAAACUGAAGAGUACAUUACAUAGUGCAGGUACUACAAUCGAAGGUCCAUGGGAUGAAGUGUUCACAUUAAUUGGCGAAUUACAUGAAUAUGCCCACGAACAGGGAAUAGUCAGAAUUCAAUCGGAUGUAAGAAUCGGAACUAGAACUGAUAAGCAGCAAUAUGCACAAGACAAGGUUGAUAUAGUCCUAAAGAAGUUAGAGGAACAGAAAUGA